CCUCCCCUCCUACUGUUGAGUUGGAGAGGCCAAGCGACAUGACACAUUGGGCUGCUUCCUUUUCCAGGGGUAAAUGGUCAAGAACCAGAGCAAGAGCAUCUGAACAAGAGCUGCUUUCUCCUGCUUUCUCCCCAGCCCUUCCAGCUGUUCUGCUUCAUCCAUCUUUGGACUGCGCCUAGGGGAGCAAAUUCUCUGUACAAAAACAAAAAAGGGGGACAUAUUUUUUUAAUUUUUAAUUUAUUUUUUUAUGAAUGCAUAAAGGAUGAAUUCCUAUAACAGUUCAACAUCUGCUCCGUCCGCAAAUAUUGGAAGUUCUCCAACAGGAGCUGAUAUUGCAGUCAUUGGAGGUGUUAUUGCAGCAGUGGCUUUUGUCUUGAUUUGCCUCUUGGUGGUGAUGCUGAGAUACAUGUACCGGCACAAGGGCACCUACCACACCAAUGAAGCAAAGGGAACUGAGUUUGCUGAAAGCGCAGAUGCUGCUUUGAAAAAUGACCCUACCCUUCAAGAUGCCAUGGAUGAGAGCCGAAAAGAAUACUUCAUCUGAGCACAAAGGCAGCCCCACUGAGACAAGCUUAGUCAUUCUCUUCUUCCCAAGGGAAUCAAUCAGAUAUUACAUCAAAUAGCACUGGAAAUGUGGAGACUGCACAGAAGAGAACAAGGGGACUAAUUGAAAUAUUGAUGUAUGUCCCCAAGAACUAAACACCAGAUCUGUUGCUGUUUAGUUGAUUACCAAUACAGCUCAGUUCAAUAUCAGAUCAGGAAAAACAAAAAUCUUAGGAUGAAUGAGUGAUUACCUGAUAGCAGAUAAUAGCAUCAAAUGUCAAACCUUGACAUUUAGCAAAAAUAGCAAGUAUCAAUGGAAUGCUUCAUCAUCAACUCCUUGAACUCUCCUGCACCAAUAUGAUACCUGAAAAUGAAUUUUAAGUGGCAACCCAAGUGGCAAAAUGCAUAAAACAAGGAGGCUCCUGAGCCCCAAACUGCUUUUUGUAGUACAGACAUUUUGUUUUCUUUAACAUAGUAAGCUUGCCUGUGUGAAUAAUAUAUAGUUUUUGUUGUUUUGUUACUCUUUUCUUUUCUUUUUUUAAUAUACUGAAGUUUAAAUCAAGAAGCAAAACCAAUGACUAGAUUCUGACAGGAAAACACUGAAGAAACUUUUUUAUAUGAAGGAUUUUAAGUAUAGAUACCACAUGGUAUUAUAAGAUGUUUUCUAUGCUGGGAAACUAUGUUGCUUUCUUUAGGGCCUGUAUUGGCUCAUUGUUUUUAGUUUCAUAUCCAUGAGCAUACACUUUUUCUCACUGCUUCCUAAAUUUUACGGCUGUCUCUAUCUGUAUCCUUGUUCCAGUUGCUUCAUUUUCAAGGAUUCAUAAUGUCUGUUUAUGUUUACAGAAGUGAUUGUGUCACUGCAGAGGAUAACCUGCAGUAAAAAUGGGAAUAUACAAACCAAAGUAAAAAAACAUAGUUUGUGCUAACAGUAGGAAUCCUGUUCCUACCACUUCGAUGUGAAAGUGGGUACAUUUUAAGUAGAGUGCUGACUCUGUCUUAGAGCCAUUCCAUACAAAACCAGUGCAUGAUCAAUAUGUUUUUUGAAGACUGGUUUUGAUUAGGCUUACCUAAGACAUUUUGCUGCCUAAAAUAUAGGACAAAAUCCCUCUUCCCUCCCAUUAUAAAACAGCUAGACAAAAUCCCCCUUUGCUCCCAUUAUAAAAUAGUUGAAUCUUAAUUGAUUUGGCAAGAAGACAAUGACCUCCACUGGACUAGAGUGCAGUAGACCUAAUAAGAGUUCAGACAAGGCCACAUGGUAAUCACACAUCUGUUUCCCAAAACCAUGCUGCUGCUUUAGGGUUGAACCUGUUUGUCAUGUUUUCAUGUUCAUAGAAGAAAUAGUAGUAAUUUGUCCCAGAGUUGAAAUUAUAAGGGAGCCUAAGAGGCAAUACGCUUACCUUUUGAGACUGCCCACUUUCUCUACUAUUUUUGGAUGAAUGCAACCAUACCAUGAUGUUGCUAAAGCUGAAGGGAAUGUAGGGUUGUGGACCAUACACUUCCUUUGAUCCUCAUACAUUUCCACUCACAAUGUGAACAGUAAUUUAUUUAGUUUUCUACCCCCCUUUCCCAUGUUUUAUAUACUUUCACUUACUUUUAAUGCACUUGUCAUGAUCUUCAACUGUCACAAUAAACUCAUUUAAUAGAAAUUUA